AUGUCCACCGCGUUCACGACCGCGCUCGCGCCCGCGAGGCUCGCGCCGCGUCGCGCCGCGCCCGCGCGAAAACGAAGCCAUCAUCAUCGGAUCGCGCCCAUCCCAGGCAGCGUCGGGGCGCCGCGGGCGAUGUCGCAGUUCGCCUUCGACGCCGCGCGGACGGACGCCGCGAAGACGCUGUCCGACUACGUCAGCGACGACGACGCGCCGUGGCCGAACGCGACGCCGUCGCGCCUCGUCACGCGCGCGGUCGCGCCGCGCCGAGGCUCCGCGGCGCGCCCGCCGCCGCGCCGCUUCAACGGACGCUACCACGCGCACUUCGCCCCUCUGCCGACGCCGACGACGCCGCGUGAUUCGAUGCCCGGCGCGGUGCGCCCGUCGCGUCACGAGGAUUGCGUCGGCGACUGGUGCGACGAGACGUACGAGCGCACGAUGUUCGCGAACGACCUCGCGCUGAGCGCGGACAACGGGCUGCUGGACGCGCCGGGGCCCGCGCGCCCGCCGAGGCACUCCAUUGACCGCGCGCGCGACGUCGUCGUCUUCAUGGAGGACGGGGACGUCGAGUACGGCUUGUUCGAGAACGACGUCGUCCCCGCGCCCGCGGGCCUCCCGAAAAAGCCCGUCAAGCCGCUGCCGCCCCCGAAACGCGUCAUGACCGGGCGUUACCACGCGUCCUACGCCCCGAAAGCGACGCGCAGGGAGAUCGCCGACGCGAUCGGCGGCAAAAACAACGCGGUCUCGCGCGUCGUCGAGAAGAACCCGCGGAAGCAAAAGCAACCCCGAACGAUCCCGCUCAUCUCUCGCUACGUCAGCGACUCCCCGGAACACCGCGAGGACUUCCCCGCGGUGUGGGGCACGAAAGACCGAAGAGUCGCCGUGAUCAACGAGAUCAUCGAGAGACGGCUCGCGGGUGCGGCGGAGCAGUGCGGCGACGUGGACUGGAACAACGCGUCUGAUCUCUUCGCGGGCGCGGAUCCGUUCGGCGGACCGAGCGGCGGCGACGUCCAGUGCGGGCAAGACGUGGACGCCAUCAUGAACACGAUCGCGACGCACGCGGUCUUCUCCGAAGCCGCGGGCGUCGUCCGAGAGCUCUGCGACGUCGGCGGCGUCGCCGCGGCGAAGGCGAUCACGAGCUGGUGCGAGUCGCAUCGCACGGUGAGGAACGCGCCGGAGCUGAUGCGCGUCGCGGAGGAGGAGAUGAAGUACGGCGCGAUGGCGUGGUGACCACCGUGACCCUAAACCGACCGAAGGCGCGUGUACAGUACCCUUACUUCAACGACGACGUUGAGAAGAAAAAGCCAACCGCGGAAAAAGUGGAGUCGCCUUCCCCGGGUCGCGAACGACGAGCGACGAGUGUACUACGAACAUAUCCUACAUACCACGAUGUGUCAUGUGUUAAUUAAGAAUUAAAAUAACAUAAACGUAUAUUUU